AUGUUUGGUGCAAAAGCUUUGAUUUUGUUGUCAAGGAAAUGGAAAUUGAAACCACCAAACACUGUUAUGAGCUUUUCUUCGUCUUCACAACACGUGAAGUUCAAAGCUCCUAUGGAUAUGGCUGCUAUAGAUGGCGAACUUAGGGUUUUUCUUGUUGCUGGUGAAGUUUCCGGUGAUUCCAUCGCUUCUCGUCUCAUGGCUUCGCUUAAGCUUCUCUCACCUUUCGCUGUUCGAUUUUCCGGCAUUGGAGGUACUAAGAUGAGAAGUGAAGGAUUGCAAUCUUUGUUUCCUAUUGAAGAUAUCUCGGUAAUGGGAAUUUGGGAACUAUUGCCACAUUUGUAUACAUUCAAAGUGAGACUGAAUGAAGCUGUAAAAGCAGCUUCUCUAUUUGAGCCUCAUGUCGUAUUAACAGUUGAUUCGAAGGGCUUUUCUUUUCGGUUCUUGAAGCAGCUAAGAGCUAGACACAGUCAGCAAAAGUUGCAUUCGCCCGUACAUUUUCACUAUGUAGCACCAUCGUUCUGGGCAUGGAAAGGAGGUGAAGAAAGGCUUGGAGGACUUGCAGAAUUUGUAGAUCAUCUGCUUUGCAUACUUCCAAAUGAGGAUAAAAUUUGUAGAUUGAAUGGAUUAUCUGCAACCUUUGUUGGACAUCCUGUUUUAGAAGACAUUAUGGAGUUGAAUUUGAUAAACAGUCCCUCAAUCAAUGAAUGUAUGGCUGAAGGAAAUGGCGAAGACUUUCGAAGAAAACAUGAAGUUCCUCCAGGAGCCACUGUUAUUAGCUUGCUUCCUGGAAGCAGAGUACAAGAAGUCAGUCGGAUGCUUCCCAUCUUUGCAAACACAAUGGAACUACUGAAAGACGAUGUUCCUCAGUUGACAACAAUCAUUCAUGUUGCACCUAAUGAACAUGUGGAAAACUUCAUUGCUGGUGCUGUUCAUAGAUGGCCUGUCCCUGUUGUACUGAUUCCUGGUGGAACAACACACAUGAGAUAUGAUGCUUUUAGUGUAUGCCCCAUUGUCUCACUGAAUUUUCAUUUCAAUAACAAAUAA